CUGGAUGCGCUACGUCAACUGCGCCCCGAGCGAGAAGAGCCAGAACCUCGUGGCCUUCCAGCACAGGGGAGGCGUCUACUACCAGACAAGGGCCAAGAUAGCGCCGGGGACCGAGCUGCUCGUCUGGUACGGGGACGAGUUUGGCGCCGAGCUAGGACUCGUCGAAGCCAAGGACGGAGCCCAGAAGAAGCGCCAAGAAGAUGCACCGUCCGUCGAGGGGCCAGCGGAGAGCUUCGCGUGCGGGGACUGCGACAGCGUCUUCGCUUCCCUCGAGCACCUCCAGGGACACCGGAAGAGGAUGCACGGGAGGAGAGAGGGCAGGCACCGAUGCGGUCACUGUCCCUACUCCAGCGAUAACAAACCACUCCUAGUCGAGCACGAGCGCACCCACACGGGAGAGAGGCCCUUCGUGUGCGGCACCUGCGGCAAGGCUUUCACGCAGGAGGGCCACUUGACCACGCACCAGAGGGUGCACACGGGCGAGCGGCCUCACGAGUGCGCCGAGUGCGGGCAGAAGUUCGCCCUGCUGGCACACUUGAAGACGCACGAGAGGACGCACAGCGGAGAGCGGCCCCACGUCUGCCCAGAGUGUGGGAGAGGAUUCGUUCAGAGAGGUCACCUCGCAAGCCACAGGCGAACCCACUCCGGCGAGAAGCCUUAUGCCUGCCCCCUGUGCUCCUACAGGACCUCUAAUUUAAGCGACGUGAAGAAGCACGUGAUCCGGGCGCACUCAAAAGAGUAUCCCCACAAGUGCGGGGACUGCGGCAGAGGGUUCCUGGCCCCAGGUGAACUCAGAAGCCACAUGAGGAAACACCACACCUGCAAUGACCAGGAGCGGUAGAUGGACUCAAUGAUGGGGGAGGGGGGAGGGCACCGGGUCCUAACGACACUGGGGAAACCCGAAGACAAGGGUGACACCGGCGAGUUCUUCUUUUGCUUUUUAAUAAAUACAUUGUACAUAGAAUUGGCCUCGGCUUACUGUUCCCCAGUAGCGUAUCGUCUAAAAGGGUCAC